AUGUCUCAUGUGGAUGAAGCAGCCCGCCGGCUGUCCCAAACUGGGACAACCCUUUAUGCAGUGCUGGAGCUUAAGAAGGGCGCCUCACCUGAAGACAUCAAAAAGGCCUACAGGAAACUGGCCUUGAAGUAUCAUCCAGACAAGAAUCCAGGGAACACUCAAGCAGCAGAAAUAUUCAAAGAGAUCAACACAGCCCACUCCAUACUGAGCGACCCUAAGAAGCGGAAAAUCUACGACAAGCAUGGUUCAUUGGGAAUAUAUUUAUAUGACCACUUUGGUGAAGAAGGUGUCAGAUACUAUUUUGUGAUGAAUAGUUGUUGGUUCAAGACGCUUGUCCUCCUGUGUAUUCUGCUCACCUGUUGCUGCUGCUGCUGCUGCUGCUGCUUUUGCUGUGGAACACUUAAGCCGCCACCCGAGGAGGAGUUGAGGAGAAAAUACCAGCAGGACGUCCAUACUCAGCCUAAGAGAUCAGGUGCUGACCCAAUGAAGGUGCCUUUUGCUGCCCAGUCUACUGGAUACAUUGAAGAGAAGAGCAAGUAG